AUGAAUUUACACGGUAGUAGAAUAUUUUCUUACAAACGAGUUAUAAAUCGAAAUUUUUUAAAUAUUCCCAUUAAAAGUUGUUCUAAUUUUAUUACUAUAAAAUAUGAGAAACCUGAACCUACCACUGCUUGUGACAAUGCCUUAAAACAUUUCGAUGAUUUUUACAAGGCAUUUUUUAAUAAAAAAUGGCCAUCAGUUAGAUUAGGAUUACUAUCUGAACAAAAGAAAAUAGCCAUUGUUAACAAUUUAGGGGAUAUCGAAGAAACAGUAAAAUAUUUAGAAAAUAAAGGAGCCAUCGAUAUAAAAAACUAUUUCGAAGUGCAGAAAUCAUUUUUGUCAAACAAACAUAAGGAAAUAAAUAAUAAAGAGAAUAAAAAUUUAAAUUUGAUUGAUGAUGUUAUCAAAUCACAAUAUGAAUCUAAAAAAACGGAAUUGGAAAAUAUUUACUGUGGAGUGGAAGAUGGUGAAAUCACAGCAAAAUUUUAUAAUAAUGAAAAUGAAGGAGGAAAAAUUUCUGUUGAAAAAAAAGAAGAUUAUGAUAUUGAAGAAUCGAUGACAUCCAUGAACACUGAUAAAGCACUUUCUAAAAUUAAUUAUAACAGACUUAUAUUACCUAAUUCUAAUUCAAGCGAUGCAAAUUUACACGAAUUUGUACCUGUAACAAAAUUGAGGGGUCUCGAUGAAUACAUAUCGGAAUCGGAAUAUUUUAAAUAUUAUCAGCCUAAACCUGAUUUUUUUUUUCACAUUGAAAAAGAAUUUAAUUUAAAUUUUCCAAAAGAUUUAUUAGCUUAUGUUUUCGAUAGAGGAGACAUGCGUGAAAUUCCAGAAGCGACAAGAGAUGAAAACUACAUAUACAAAUAUUUAUUAAUGGAUGGAGCAGAUUUACUUACGAUUUUAGCUUUGGAUUUACAAUUUGGUGAUGCUGUUUUCGAUAUGAUACCUAAUUCUGGAACCAAAGCUUUUUCAAUACUACAAACAAAUUUAGUCAAAAUAUUAGUUUGUAACACUUGUAACGAAAUGGAAGAAUUUUUUAAAAAUUAUUUAUUGGAUUAUUCGCCUGCAUGGAAAGAUACACUAUUAUUAACAUCAGUCGAUUUUGAUGAUCCCUACUACCACAACUUAUUCGAUAAAAUUCUUUUAGAUAUUUUUUGCACUGAUGAUAGAGAAUGUUUAACAAAUCCAGAUGAUAAUUAUUACAGCGUUAGAAAAUUUAGGGACAGGCUUAAAUUACCACAAAAUCAAACAAUAACAUUGGCUAACGCAUUGAAAAUGGUUAAACCUGGUGGUACUGUCGUUUACACAACUGGAACCAUGUCUCCAGUACAAAAUGAUGGAGUCGUUGAUGCAGCUAUUAGAAUGGUUAUGGAAAAUUCAGACAUGAGAUUUUCCGUGAGGGAUUUGUCACCAGCUUUAACAUCUACAAAUUUAUUAUUUAAUUAUGGUAAAAAAUUAAAUAUGAAAUAUGGUAGUUUAGUCGUACCGUUUCUACCAUCCAAUUUUGGACCGAGAUAUUUUUCAAAAAUAAUAAAACUUGAUUGA